CGUGAACCUGAACUAUUGCCUGUUCCUGAUGAACCAUGGUGAGCGGAAGGCGGCUGUGCGUCAGUUCUCUGUUUUUGAGCAGAAGCUACAGGAGGCCAGGAAACACUCCAAUAGUGUCGACCAAGAGCUGUUGGACAUGGCAGCACGGUUGGGUCCUUCUCUGCACUUGGGUGAAAACUUGGUGUGGAACAAACAGCAGGGUGCUGAUGGAGCCAACUCCCAGCCUCCCAGCAGGGCACCCCUGCCUGCCGCACACACAAACGAUGUUCCUCCCGCAGUGGACACAGCUGUACCAACAGCGCCCCCGGCAGAACUGGAGCCAACUGCACCUCCUGAAGCUGACCUGGAUGCCUUACCCAGCCCCCCCUCCCACCCACUGGAGGAGGAAACAGACAGCAGGAGAGAAGCUCCACGGAGAGUAGCAAUGGAGGCAGACUGAGGGCUUACAUGUACAUGGGCAUUAUUAGCACUGCUAUAGUUGUGCUUAUGUCACCAAAAUACAGCAUUUCAGCCAUAAUUGUACUGACAUACAUGUAAGAUGUUAAAUAACAUGAGAAGGCUGUAUAUUUUGUCUAUGUUCAGUACAAUUCUGGCUGAAAUGCUGUAUUUUGGUGACUUAAACACAACUAUAGCAGUGCUAGUAAGGCCCAAAGUGAUAUUCCCAUUUCUUGAUUCCAUGUUCUGAACUUCCAUUUGCAAAAAAACAUUUUGGAAAGCAGAAACGCAAACUUAAAUGAAACUGUGCUUUUGUUUGUACUUCACGAUGAUUACACACUGUAAAAUAAAAUAAAUCAUGGUCUGGUCAAAACUAAGUUUUCACCGGAAAACUUCUCACCUUGUGCUUUUGUGUUCUCAUUGUUUGUAAUGUUUCUUACAUGUGAGGAAUCCUGAUGGAAUAGAAGAAAACUAUUGCUGAGCUUUAUGUACAUGCUAUGUGUCCAGGUAUAUCAUGGAGUAUAUGAUUAAUAUUUUCCUUAUGGUUUCUGAUAUGGGAUUUAAGCUGUCUAUUUCACCAGAGAAUGUAUAUAUAUUAAGCUAUUGUUUCAUACUGUGUACCUGCAACCUUCAUGUAUUUGCUGUUGUAUGCAGAGUAGAAACAAAUGAGGACUCUAAUCUGGCUCCAAGUGUGUGUGUAAUCAUGUAGGACUGCUUCAACACAUCCUCGUCUCUGUGUAAUAGUUGUUUUGUACAAGGAGGUAAUUUUGAAUGGUGUUGUGUGAAUGUUUAAUUUCUGUAUGAUAUACUGUAAAUGCAAUGUAAAUGUUUUCAGUGAGUUUAUGUUCAUGUUUUUUUGCAGUGGCCACAUCACAGCAAACUCAAAAUUACCUAACGUUACUAGCACGAACUCAAAACUUGACUUCCUGCAAAUUUAAAUGCAUUUCCAGUAGUUGGUACAUAAUCAUUGUUUUCUGAACCUUUUGUUUGAAACAGUUAUGUUAUCACAGACAGAUGGCAUGAUAACUGUCUUACAGUACAAAAUUAAGAAAAUACAUUGUAGACCA